UUUCAUUUUAUCUGGUGGUUUUGAAUGUCUAAUUUUAAGGUUUGUUGAGGGUGGUUGAAGAAAAGAGACAAGUGCAGCUGAAGAUGAGUGAGGUGAGGGCCCUGAGUAGCUUAGUGUAGGAGGGAAGUUUAGUGUUGAGUGUUGCGUAAGGAUUUAGCUUGGAGCCGAGUUGCUCCGUUGUGGCUGUGGAGGUGGUGUUUGUGGGGGGUUGUUUGAUGUUUUAGAGAAUUAAGUGGCAGAAGUUGGAGCGAUAGUUAGGGGAUCGUUUGCACGGGAUUUGUAAGAGUUGUGCAGUCUUUUCAAGAAAGAUUGAUUAGGUAAUGAGUUUACUUAAGAGUAAUUAACUAGUAUUCAGAUUCUCAGAUAGGACGAACCCAUCGAUGGCGGAAGCGCGGACAGAAAGUUGGACGGGGAAGCGGAUUGUGGUUUCUCCAGUGGAAGUGACGAAUUUUUUGGGUUCGAUACCAUUAUUGCAGCAGCUACCUGGAACAUCAAUCCAGAAGAUCGCAGAAGUAGUGGAGCCACUUCAAUUUGGGAAAGGGGAGGUGCUUUUGCGAGAAGGUACACCUGAAGAUGGAUUGUACUUCCUUUGGAAAGGAGAGGUAGAAGUUUCGAUUCCGAACUCUAUGGGAAGUCAUACUUUGGGACUUUUGAAGUCAGGAGAUUAUUUCGGAUAUGCUUCUGCUGAACUAAUUAAGAAUCUCAAUAAGUCCGAUGUAACGGCUAUUUCCGAGGUUAUCUGCUUUGUUCUUCGUAAUGAAAAUGCGCAUCUGCUAUCUAGUGUAUCUAUAUGGGCACAACAACCAGAUGAAAGUGAAGUUGCUCUUCUUGAGCGCAUACUAGAGUUGGAGACUUUAGAGGUUGAUUUGUAUAAAGGAUACACGAAGCCUGACUACCCCUCUUUUGGUGGGAAUGUCUAUGGCGGGCAGCUCUUAGGCCAGGCUUUAGCAGCUGCUAGCAAAUCCGUGGAUCCUGCACUACUAGUCCACAGCCUUCAUGCGUACUUUCUCCUUACUGGAGAUGAACGGAUGCCAAUCAUCUACAAGGUAGAGAGGACGCGCAAUGGUCACACUUUUGCAACCAGACAGGUUUCUGCAAUACAAAAAGGCAGAGUAAUCUUUACAAUGUAUGCCUCUUUUCAGAGAUCCAUGGAAGGUUUUGAACAUCAAGAAUCGAUGCCAAAUGUUCCUACUCCAGACCAGCUGUUAUCCCAGGAUGAAUUACGGAAAAGAUACUUUUCUGAUCCUCGAAUUCCUUUGAAGAAGAGAGAGAAAUGGGCUGGUGGUAAGCCAACCAAAAGUAGUCCUCUGGAUGUGAAGGAAGUUGAUCCUAUUGACGAAGUAUCUAAAGAAGCGCUACCACCAUGGCAGAGCGUGUGGAUGAAAUCAAAAGGCAAAUUAACUGACGAUCCUGCUCUUCACCGGUGUGCAGCUGUGUAUGCAUCUGAUUGGACUUUUUUAGCUACAGCAAAGCGGCCUCAUCGGACAGUACCAAUUCAGCUACUUAGUUUGGAUCACUCCAUGUGGUUUCACAAGCCAUUCAGAGCUGAUGAAUGGCUGCUCUUUGUGGUCACAUUUGAUUUUACAUCACGAUUACGCGCACUAGAUCUUGAUGGGAUUGGAAUGACGAUACAGCAAUCAAGUCCACGUGCAAGCAACGGUCGAGGAUCAGUAUAUGGACACUUUUUUAAUCAAAACGGAGAGCUUGUUAUGUCAGCUUCUCAAGAAGGGUUGAUGCGCAAGCUUCAAAAGUCAGACCGAUCCGUAGCCAAGUCCAAGUUGUAAGAGAAUGGAUGCCGACUGCAUUGGCAUUAUUGGAUUGUUAUCUGAAGACGACGAACUUCGUAUUUACGAGUGUGUCGUCUUGGCAAGCCCUAGACAUAUUACUUUCACAUGACUUUUACAGCUAAUCAGAAUUCUUCUGUAUUCCAAAGUAUCAUAUGUCGAUUUUUCAACAGCAAAAGAUUAUUUUGUUAUCUGAUUUAUGGCCCAUAUGUGAGGGUUAUACACCUGUGUAGGCAACAUGAAUGACAUCUUCCUUGUAUGCAGGUUAUGGACUUGUCCAUUGCAUUAGAUAGUUUCCUAAAUGGUGGUACCAGCACAUGUAGGCUUGUCCAGGGAUAAGAUUGAAGAAAUUGAACUGCUGAGUCGUUGACAAAUGUGUGGAAAGAGCAAUUCCUACAAAUGCUCACUUUAUUAAAGAGGUAAAUGUAGGAUUUAUAUA